AUGUCGUUAGACAAAUCAGGGAAGCCAACAAAGAUGCGUUGGGGAGAGCUAGACGAGGAGGACGGCGAAGAUCUAGACUUUCUAUUACCUCCCAGACAAGUGAUUGGGCCCGAUGACAACGGGAUCAAGAAAGUGAUCGAGUAUAAAUUCAACGACGACGGUAAUAAGGUUAAAAUUACGACAACCACACGAGUUCGCAAGCUCGCUAAGGCGCGGCUGAGCAAGCGGGCUGUGGAGAGGCGAAACUGGGCUAAGUUUGGAGAUGCGGUUCAUGAGGAUGCAGGGAGCAGGCUUACUAUGGUUUCUACUGAAGAGAUCAUGCUUGAAAGGCCAAGGGCUCAUGGUGCCAAAGCAGAAGAAACCAAGAUAGCUGGAGAUAACUUGGCUCAGCUAGGUAAAGGAGGGGCUGUUCUCAUGGUAUGCAGAACUUGUGGUAAGAAAGGUGAUCACUGGACAUCACGAUGCCCAUACAAGGAUCUUGCUCAACCGACUGAAACCUUUAUUGAAAAACCUGCUGCAACGGAGACAGCUAUGGCUGCCUCUGGAGCCACCAAGGGUGCUUAUGUCCCGCCAAGCAUGAGGGCGGGUGCAGAGAGAACUGGUGGAUCAGAUAUGAGGCGCAGGAAUGAAGAAAAUUCAGUUCGGGUUACUAAUUUAUCAGAGGACACUAGGGAGCCUGACUUGCUUGAACUAUUCCGCACAUUUGGCCCUGUGAGUCGUGUUUAUGUUGCUAUUGACCAGAAGACUGGUGUCAGCAGGGGCUUUGGUUUUGUGAACUUUGUAAACAAGGAAGAUGCUGAGAGGGCAAUAAACAAGCUCAACGGAUAUGGCUAUGACAAUCUAAUCCUUCGAGUCGAAUGGGCCACACCCAGAUCAAACUAG